AGCCUCGAUGGCGUUCCCCCCAGCAGCCGUCCCAGCGGCGGCCUGGGAUUAAUUAAGCGCGGUGCCGCCAGUGCCCGGGAGAGCUGGGUGGGGGGGAAAGUGCGCUCGUCUCCAAGGAGCGAGCGCGGUGGCACUUCUCACCGGCGAGAAACCUGGGCAAGUGAGUCGCCGCGUCGUCAGUGUUUGCGAGCGCCUGAGCGACAGGGAGGCUGUGCCAGGCUGGAGGAGGCUUGCCUUUCCGGAGCUGGAGGAGAUUUCCCGGGGCUUCGCCUUCCCCUGCCUGGGAAGACUCUCCCGUCUGGCGGCGGCGGCCGCCGCGGCGGCCCCGGCAGCAGCGGCCCCAGCUGCUCCGCGGGGGGACGGGGCAGAAUGCCUGUCCUCGAGCGCUACUUCCACUCGGCAGAGCUGGGCAGGAGGUGGACGGCCCCAGAAGGUGUGCUGCCCUCCUCCGCGGGCGGCCGGCCGGGGUGCCCGCAGGGGCCGCUGCCCUGGGACUUGCCCGAGAUGAUCAGGAUGGUAAAGCUGGUCUGGAAAUCCAAAAGUGAGCUGCAGGCGACCAAACAGAGAGGCGUUCUGGAGAACGAAGAUGCUCUCCACAGCUUCGCAGGAGAUGUACGACUAAGGGGUCAGACGGGGGUUCCUGCUGAACGCCGCGGCUCCUACCCAUUCAUUGACUUCCGCCUACUUAACAAUACAACACACUCAGGGGAAAUUGGCACCAAGAAAAAGGUGAAAAGACUGUUAAGCUUUCAAAGAUACUUCCAUGCAUCAAGGCUGCUUCGUGGAAUUAUACCACAAGCCCCUCUCCACCUGCUGGAUGAAGACUACCUUGGACAAGCAAGGCAUAUGCUCUCCAAAGUGGGAAUGUGGGAUUUUGACAUUUUCUUAUUUGAUCGCUUGACAAAUGGAAACAGCCUGGUAACACUGCUCUGCCACCUCUUCAACACCCAUGGACUCAUUCACCAUUUCAAGUUAGAUAUGGUGACGUUGCACAGGUUUUUAGUCAUGGUUCAAGAAGAUUACCACAGCCAAAACCCAUAUCACAAUGCUGUUCAUGCAGCCGAUGUCACCCAGGCCAUGAACUGCUACCUGAAGGAACCCAAGCUUGCCAGCUUCCUCACACCCCUGGACAUCAUGCUUGGACUGCUGGCUGCAGCAGCACACGAUGUUGACCACCCAGGAGUGAACCAGCCAUUUUUGAUCAAAACUAACCACCAUCUCGCCAAUCUAUACCAGAAUAUGUCUGUGCUGGAGAAUCACCACUGGCGAUCUACAAUAGGCAUGCUUCGAGAAUCCAGGCUUCUUGCUCACUUGCCAAAGGAAAUGACACAGGAUAUUGAACAGCAGCUGGGCUCCUUGAUCUUGGCAACAGACAUCAAUAGGCAGAAUGAAUUUUUGACCAGAUUGAAAGCUCACCUCCACAAUGAAGAUUUAAGACUGGAGGAUGUACACGACAGGCACUUUAUGCUUCAGAUCGCCUUGAAGUGUGCUGACAUUUGCAAUCCUUGUAGAAUUUGGGAGAUGAGCAAGCAAUGGAGUGAAAGGGUCUGUGAAGAAUUCUACAGGCAAGGUGACCUUGAACAGAAAUUUGAACUGGAAAUCAGUCCACUAUGUAAUCAACAGAAAGAUUCAAUUCCUAGUAUACAAAUUGGUUUCAUGACCUACAUCGUGGAGCCGCUUUUCCGGGAAUGGGCCCGUUUCACUGGAAACAGCACCCUGUCGGAGAACAUGCUAAGCCACCUCUCACACAACAAAGCCCAGUGGAAGAGUCUGUUGCCCACGCAGCACAGAAGCAGCAGUGGUGGCGGGGGCAGCCCCGACCAUGCAGGCCAAGGGACCGAGAAUGAGGAGCAGACUGUGACCAAAGGCAACGCCCCGUAGUCCCAGCCAGCCUGCCCCUGCUCUGCACACGGAGAAGGAGAACCUCCUUGAGCAGAGGCCUCCUGACAGGGUGAAAGCUCUGAGGAGGUUCCUGCCAAUAAGCCCAGCCACCUCGUGGCUGCCGUCCUGGGGCUCUUUGGAAUGCUACCCUCCUCUAUUUUCCUGCCUCCUCUCCUCUUUUCGAGUGUACAGAAGCCAUCCGUCAUCUCAGCACUAGCUGCCGAAAUAAAGCAACUCCAUUUAGGAACGUGGGAGCUGAUGAGGGGCAGGCCUGCCCCUCCAGGAGAAGACCGGGGAGUCAGAAAGAGGUGCUUCUGCCAUGUUCCCCUCGGGCCCUGGGUCCCACUGUGACAGGUGACCGUCGCUAAGGCCAGAGCAUUUUAGUGUUAGCCAUCUGACUGCUGAUCUGCAUGACAAAAACACCAGCAUCUUUGGAGCUCCAAGGAGAUGGGUCUUGAGUGCGAGCGCACAAACCAGAGCGUGAGAGAAAGUACCUUCUAUUUUAAUAAUAAUUCUUAUGAUAAAAAUAAUAAUAAAUCUUUUUAACUUUUCUAUUUGAUGCACUAGACAAUGGAUCUAAAACUUUGGACUAAAAGAUGACUCAGUGUACCCAAACUUGAACAGGGGGUUCAUAGUUUUUUGUUACUGACUUUAUGCCACUUUGGGUCAGAGAUUUGGCAUCUCCUCAAUGUAAGAAACCACGUUUCCCAUCCCUUCCGAGGGGAAGGUGCUUACAGUUCAUUCCUUUGCACCAUUAGCCAAUCUGUCUUUUAUCAAUAACUCAGAUUCAGUGACACGUUUAUAUGCACACAUGUACAUUUUCUGUAAAUACCAAGCGCUACUGAUUCCCAUGCCAAAAUACAUGAGUAUUAUGGGAUUGCUACCUGUAUAAACAAUGGCACUGUGAACAGAAUACUGUUAGUUUUAAUACAAGAGAAUGCGUGUGUAAAUAGGAUAUAGAGUUUAUUAAUAUACGAUUGUUUGCAGAUAAAGGCCUUAACUUUAAACGUCUUUCAUCUUCUGAAAGCUGCCCAACGUAAAUCCUCACAGAUAUCCCUCCGAACUGCCUUCCCAUGCCCAUCUUUCUGCUUUCCGGCUAAGGCCACAAACCAAAACUGAAUAAAGUCUUUGAGGAAAUAUUUUGGAAACUUCACAUGCAUUCCGCUUGAGACCAUAGUGUUUAAUCUAUGGCACCAGGCACCGUUUCCUCAGAUUAAUGAGACGUUUCAACAAGCCUGAAGUCACUUUUCAACACAGCGAUGUUGCACACUCUGUUCUGACAAGCCGGCUGAUUAGCUUGCGUUUGUGUGACUCUCGUCUUGGACCAUGGCGGUGUGUCAGCCUUGCAGGAGACAUGGCAGGUCUCGCAAACCUUCUGUGACCCUGUCACCUAAUCAUCAGGGAACUUCCUGCUCUUCCACCACACUCUUCUCUGUCAUGGCUACAGUACCAAAGCACCUUUGGUUUAUGGUUGGCGUGCAUUUCUUUGGUGUUAAUAGUAACCGGACUUUUCUUUUUCCUUAAUUUCAUGUGAGCAACCACCUAACUGUUUAGCUGAAGUUAACAUUAUCUGAGUAAAGAAAACGAUUUCGGUUUUCUGACCGAAUUUCUCUUUCCGGCAGGUCAUUGUGGUUAAUUGCAGUUCUAGCGAACGGAGUCACCUUGGCAUUUUGUUGGCAUUUUUUCUCCAGACACUUGGUCAGAAAACCAGUUUGCCACAGCAUCCUCCUCUAGUGGCUAAACUCGGUGCAUUCAGCCUUUUCCUUAGAAGUUCGAGCAUAACUAACGUUAGAUGAAAAUUGGCAUGUCCGUUUCGUCUUACCUUAAAUCAUGUUGAAGUGGGAGAACAGUAUUAUGAUCACUUCUGCCACUAUCAAGCGGUUUGGCAAACUGCAAAAUGACAGCUCUCAUUUCCCACGUGCAACUGUUGUGGGGGGUUUUGUUCCUCCUAACAUACCCAUGAAAUGUUAGAAACUUGACUGGUUUGUAAUACGUUUCUGCAGAGAGACUGAAGUGUGCAGAGUUAAGGUUUAAGGGAAAUUUUGGAGAGUUGGUUAUAUUUUCAUUAAAGUAGGAGAGAUUGUCAGAUGGUACUAAAGAAAGUGUGAAAACCUCAUGAAAUGGGUGGGUGAUAAGUUGAAAUUGUUGAUAUGGGUAAGAGAGAAGUUGUGAAAUCUUAACACCAACUUUUUUUUUCUUUCCAUAAUAACUAUGAACUGACACAUGAUUCUUUGUUGCUUUAAUCCUCUGAAGCUCUCAGCUUGGUGAGGCCCCAAAAGAGAAAAUGUUGAAUGUAUUCCUGCUUCCAAAUCUCUCUUACUUUGGUUUGAUGGUGCAGAGAGGGCUUCUGAGUGGUCUGUGUUUAACGUUCAGGAGAUCAAGUGAAGGAAAGCAAUUGUCGAGGAUGAUACAGUAAAGAAGGAAGACACUAUUUAGCUACUGGGGCCUCUAUCUUGGGUUUAGGAAAUGGACUUUGUGUAAAUUAUAUUUAUAUUGUAACUUAAAUAAGAUUGGAGGCAUUUUCAGUAGUUCCAGGUUUAUAGGACAAAAGUGUCUAUGUCACUAUUAGGUCUUGAAGAAGAGCUCACAGAGAAAACUACCAAAUACCCAACAGUUACGUCUAUGAAGCAGCUACUCGUACAAUAAAAAUUUGAAGUAAAACGAGACAUUAUGCAUAAACUAGAUGCAUUUUUGUCCUUCUCUCAACCAUCUGGAGUUUUCUUGAGUUCCUCAUGUGUUGGCAAAAAAAAAAAAAAAAAAAAAGAAUGUGAAAACUUUUCUCUUGCCUGCUAGUGGCUCUCUUUCAAUAGGAGGAGUUCAAUUACUAGUUAAGACACAGCUGUUGGCUCGUCCAUGGAUUUUAAAUUUAUAUUCUUCUUCUGGUCCACGGACCAUCAAUAGUUGACUUACCGAGUUUAAUUCUGUCAUUACAUGAGAAGAAAGGAAUCAAAGGGCUAUUUUUAGUAAGUAAAGUAAAGAUCAAAUUAAGAAAGAGAGAAUAUAUAUCACUGCCAGGCCUGAUCGUCAAAGCCUGCUUCUCCUUUAACAGCAUUCGUGAAUAGGCCGAAUCCUGUUCAUGAAGCCCUGACCUACCCAUAACUCCCUCUAGGCUGAGUAAAAAUCCUGCUCUGUUUCUACUUGCUUAAGGCUUCCCACAAAGGCAUUUGGACUGUGUCCUGCAACACUGUCUUCAGAUAGUGCUUCCUACAAAACACAGAUUUGUUUUGUAAUCUUCUCAUGUUAAAUCAGAUCUGCUCACUGAUGUGAAUUUGAUUAUGAGCUUGUGUCUCACUGUAUUUCUAAUGCUUUGUUCUUUUAAGCAAACCCUAAAACUUGUGUUGUUUUGUGUACACAUGUGAGAUUUGGGGAAAAAAAAAAAAAAAAAAACCUUGUGAGUUUUGCCCAAAAUGUGACCUAAGUAUCCAUUGGCAUGUCUCAAUGAAUAAUUAAAAAUAAAGAUAAUUUCUUAAAAACAUCAAGGUAUGAAAAUAUGCUGAUUCUCACCAGGGAGCAUAUUACUAGCCAACCAAUCAGAUUCAACAGAAAAGGUCCACUGCUCAAGAUGGGAAAUUUUCGAGGGGAAAAAGACACACAGGUACAGAUAUGGUCUCCAUGUGACUCACUCUGUUUGGGGCUGCAGAAGUAGCCAUGUCCAUGAAAGUAUCACUUGGCAGUUAAUCCCAAGUUUGGGAAAGAGGGCUCUCUAUCACUUGUCAGUUCUACACUUCCCCUGACUCCUGAUAUUUUUUCUGUUUCACAUUUGUCAAACUCAUAUAUGAGUGAGAAUGAGGUAAAGACAUAGCAGACUUAAUUCAAUAAUUACUUGUGAAAAAUAUGGUCUCGCAUUUCAGGACCGGGAGCCAUCAAGAACAAUAGAACAGUUCAUGCAGGACGACUGAGUACCCUAAACCCAGCUGGAAAUAGAGGAGAAAGGAAAAAAAAAAAACAAACA